CUUUUCUCAAAAAAGACGCGGGCCGGUUUUGACUGUUCUGUUAAUAAGGAGUUCGCGGUAUGCACGUUUUUUCAAAACUGAAAGAAAAAUUAAAUUGAAAAAGAAAGAAACAAAAACAACUCGAUGCAAAAAAAACUGUUAUCGUUGUUUAUAACUUUAAACGCACUAUUUCCGCGAAAUCUCACUCUCUGUACCAAAAUGAUUUCUCUGAUUUUUUUUUCCAAUAGCGCACUUUUGUAAAUGAAAAACGAUGUCGUCAACGGAUAAGAAUCAAGAUCCAACGCCAACACCGACGACAAUAACGACGGCGACGUCGUCACCAUCAUCAACGACGAAGCUCCGUAAGAUCCCUCCGAUCCCUAUUCAGCGAUCCAGGAGCGAACCAGGGGAGAAAUCAGACGAUAGCAGAAGCAGCGGCGACGACAUUGAUGAAGUCCACGAAGAAGAAGAUGGUGAUUUUGGUUUUGGUUACUAUGAUUAUGGUGAGGACGAAUCAUUCAAACGAAAUAUGUGCGGCGACGAUGAUUCGUCGAUAAUUCUAGCGUCUACUCUCGGAUUAAACCGCAUUAGAACAAGAUCCACUCCGUUGCCGUCUCCUCUCAGGUUCUCUUCCUCUUCCAGAAAGCCUUCGAAUCUUGGAAAUGUAGGUGGUAAGCUUGGAAACGUCGCUAAUAAGGAAAAGCUAUGUUCUGGGAUUGAAACAUGCACUUCUCAAUGUCCCAACCUUAAGCCUAUUGAUCAAGGAGCGUUUAUAGGGAAAAAGGUUGCAUGGAAUCAAUCAAAAUCGCAAAGGGUUCCAUCACCGCUCAAUACGGGGUUGGAGGAAAUGCAGUCGCCACGUUUCCAGGCCAUACUGCGUGUUACCAGUGGGCGGAAGAAGAAAGCUCCUGAUGUGAAAAGCUUCUCCCAUGAGCUUAAUUCCAAAGGAGUACGGCCUUUUCCUCUUAAGAAAUCUCGUGCUUUCGGCCACAUGGAGGAGGUUCUGGUGGCAACCAGGGUGAAGUUUGACAGAUUAAAAGAGGAAGUGAACUCUGAUUUGGGUGUUUUUGCUGGAGAUUUAGUGGGGAUUCUUGAAAAGACAUCUGAUUCUCAUCCUGAAUGGAAAGAGAGCUUGGAGGAUUUGCUGGUUGUAGCACAGCGUUGUGCAAAGAUGCCUGCUUGUGAAUUCUGGGUCAAAUGUGAAGGCAUUGUUCAGAAUUUAGAUGAUAGAAGGCAGGAGCUACCAAUGGGGAUCCUCAAACAAGCACAUACCCGCCUGCUUUUUAUUCUUACCCGGUGCACCCGGCUUGUGCAGUUCCAUAAAGAGAGUGGUUAUGAUGAAGAUCACAUUUUGGGGCUUCACCAACUUAGUGAUCUUGGAGUUUAUCCAGAACAUAUGUACGAAUUUGCACAGCAGGAUAUUAGUGGUCAAUUAAGUGGUGGACAGGGAAUGAGUGAGAAACAGAUGAAGAAAUCACAAGGGCAAGAGAAAAGCAGUUUGAUGAUGAAACAAGAUCAAGUUGGUCUAAUUUUAAAUAAUGCAAAUGUAGGUGCAGAGGUUGAUACUGCCAAAAGUUUUGAUUCAACUACAAGCAGCUAUAGGAUGUCAUCUUGGAAGAGACUUCCAUCUGCAGCUGGGAGAAAUCGCAAAGGACAUGAUACUGCUGAUACAAAUUCCAAAAAUAAAGCAGAACAAUCUCAAGCUAAAGAUGAAACUCCUAGGACUGAAACUCUUGAAACUCCAUCUGGCCAUCCUCCAUCUUCUAAAACAACAAAAACUUCUUGGCCAUUCUGGGGUGAUCAUCAAAGCGUAACAUAUGAAAAUUCAAUGAUUUGUCGGAUUUGUGAGGUUGAAAUACCGGUCGUACAUGUGGAAGAGCACUCUCGAAUAUGUACCAUUGCUGAUAGAUGUGACUUGAAAGGCUUAACCGUAAAUGAACGUCUUGAAAGAGUUGGAGAAACCCUUGAUAAAAUUCUUGAAUCGUGGACACCAAAAAGCACACCUAAAAGUACAGACACUCCACGUGAAAGUUUUGACGCUACAAGAGUUUCUACAUCAAGUACACAUGAAGAUAUUGAUGACUUCUCACCAAAGUAUCGCAAUCAUUCACGUCAAUGCUCUGAUGACGUGCUGGAUUGUGUUCCUGAUGUUGAUAACGCAUUUCUUAUGGAGGAUCCGAAUGUUCUGAAUGAUGUGUCAUGUGAAACACAUUUAAAUCUAACCACACCUGAUCUAGGCCCAAAAGCCUCAUCAGGAGGAAGCUUGACACCACGAUCACCAUUGUUAACUCCAAGAACUAGCCAGAUUGAAUUACUGUUGAGUGAACAGAGAAGAAUAACAGAGCUUGAGAAUCAGCAACAGAUUCAAAAGUUGCUAGAUAUUGCUCGCUCUGUUGCAAAUGCAAAUGACUGUGAUUACAGUACAUUGGAGUGUAUGCUUGAACAACUGGACGAACUAAAAUAUGCCAUCCAAGAUAGGAAGGCAGAUGCCCUUGUUGUAGAAACUUUUGGAAGACGUUUAGAAAAACUAUUACAGGAAAAAUAUGUGCAUCUUUGUGGGCAGAUAGAGGAUGAAAAAGUCGACUCAUCGAAUCAUAUGGCUGAUGAAGAUAGCUCAGUAGAUGAUGAGACAGUUCGUAGUCUACGCGCAAGUCCUAUUAAUCCAUGUGGUAAGGAUCGAACAUCUAUAGAAGAUUUUGAAAUAAUAAAGCCAAUCAGCAGAGGAGCAUUUGGGCGAGUUUUCCUUGCUAGAAAAAGAGCAACUGGAGACUUAUUUGCUAUAAAGGUUUUGAAGAAGGCAGACAUGAUUCGUAAAAAUGCAGUUGAAAGUAUUUUGGCUGAGCGUAACAUCCUAAUAUCUGUCCGCAAUCCUUUUGUGGUCCGAUUUUUUUACUCGUUUACAUGCAGAGAAAAUCUUUACUUGGUCAUGGAGUAUCUAAAUGGUGGAGAUCUUUUCUCUUUAUUGCGAAAUCUAGGCUGCUUAGAUGAGGAUAUGGGGCGUGUAUAUAUUGCAGAAGUUGUUCUUGCCUUGGAGUAUUUGCAUUCUUUAAAUGUCAUACAUAGGGACCUGAAGCCUGACAACUUGUUGAUUGGUCAAGAUGGUCACAUCAAGUUGACAGAUUUUGGGCUCUCAAAGGUUGGUCUUAUCAACAGUACAGACGACUUAUCAGGUCCAUCACUUGGCAGUAGUGGAUUUCUGGAAGAUGAACCCAAAGAACAAACUUCACUAAAGAGAGAACAGCGUCAAAAGCAUUCAGUUGUUGGCACUCCUGACUAUUUAGCCCCUGAGAUACUUCUUGGAAUGGGACAUGGUGCAACUGCUGACUGGUGGUCUGUAGGUGUCAUUCUUUUUGAGCUACUUGUAGGACUUCCUCCAUUCAAUGCUGAAACCCCACAGCAAAUUUUUGACAACAUAAUGAAUAGAAAUAUACCCUGGCCCAAGGUACCAGAGGAGAUGUCGUAUGAAGCAUAUGAUCUGAUUGACAAAUUGUUAACAGAAAAUCCAGUUCAAAGGCUAGGAGCCACAGGAGCCAGUGAGGUGAAGCAACAUUCUUUCUUCAAGGAUAUUAAUUGGGGCACACUUGCAAGACAAAAGGCUAUGUUCAUACCAUCAACUGAAGCACAUGACACUAGUUACUUUAUGAGCCGGCAUAUAUGGAACCCAGAAGAUGAACAAGUUCAUGGAAGUAGUGACUUUGAUGACAUGACUGACACCUGCAGCAGCGGUUCAGUUAGCAACAUGCAGGAUGAAGAUGGGGAUGAAUGUGGCAGUUUGACGGAUUUCAGUGCCCCAACCCUUACUGUGAAGUACUCAUUUAGUAAUUUCUCAUAUAAGAAUUUGUCUCAACUGGCUUCGAUCAAUUAUGAUCUGGUCGUAAAGAGCGCCAAGGAAUCAGCACAAGCCCCCAAACCAUCUGUGCCAUGACUGGUUUAGUAAAUAUUUAUAUCCUAUCACUUAUUUGUCCAUCUGUUCUCUCAUGUGUAAGUUUCUUCUUUGACACAAUUGCUUUCAUCUAUCUUUGGCCUGAGAAGUUCAAGACAAGGUUCAUCUGGCUCAACAUGGGCUCCAACUGAAAGUGGAGCAGUUGAUUUUUCUGAUGAAAAUUAUAUGCAGACAUCAGUUAGAAAGGAUGUACUAUAAUCAGCUGACAGUACGAAUGAACUGCAGAAGCCUGUCAUAGUUCCACCUGUACAUCCAGUCCUGCCUUCCCCAUCCGGUUCCCUCCCUGACCCCCACCCCAAUACUACCAUGCUCUUAUUUUUGUUUUCCUAAUGUUGUCACCUUUUCAUGUAUAUGCUUUUAUACUCUUUAUUGGAUAAUUAUUGAAAACUUCACAAGCGUAUGCUGCUAUUUCACUGUUAUCUACUCUGCAUAUCUUGGAUUCUCUGGCUUGCCAGGCGGCAGGCAGUGACAAUAUAACUCAUCGCAAACAUUAGAGGCCAAGCAGCUAAGAGCUGCAUGUGGCAAGAGAUGUUCUAGGUAGCAAUUAUCGCUCAAAUUACAGAUGGUGAUUGGCUAUGAGGACUUGUAUGUUUUUUGGAACUGAAGCACUGAGCAAGUAAGCAUUUCUUUACUUAACUUUAAGGGA